ACAGUGCCCUGACACAGGAACAACAUCCCUGACUAGGGUCUUAGGACCCGGGGUUGGGGUUCUAGCGAUGACCGAAGCCCCUGCCCUGUCCCUUGCAUCCACAGCCACGGGGGCGGGAGGUGCAGAUCCAGUGAGCUCACUGCUUGGGCCAGCUGUGUAGGUCGAGUGUCCUGUGGCUGGGGGGAGGCAAGAACAGAUGGGUCGCGCUGGAGGACCACCUGCUGUGGCGAUGCUGGGGGGCGCAUCCAUGGAGCAGAAGGGAUGCCAGGACGCUGCGUGGACAGACGCAUGCCAACCUCAGCACCUCCAGCCGACGCGCAGAUAGCAGCCUGGGGUUGAACCAUGAUCCCGGUGACAGAGCUCCGCUACUUCGCGGACACACAGCCAGCGUACCGGAUCCUCAAGCCGUGGUGGGACGUGUUCACGGACUACAUCUCCAUUGUCAUGCUGAUGAUCGCCGUCUUCGGGGGGACGCUACAGGUCACCCAGGACAAGAUGAUCUGCCUGCCUUGUAAGUGGGUCACCAGGGACUCCUGCAACGACUCAUUCCGGGGCUGGACGCUCCCCAGCCCGGAGCCUACCUACCCCAACUCCACAAUCCUGCCAACGCCCGACACGGGCCCCACAGGCAUCAGGUACGACCUGGACCGCCACCAGUACAACUACGUGGACGCCGUGUGCUACGAGAACCGACUGCACUGGUUCGCCAAGUACUUCCCCUACCUGGUUCUCCUGCACACGCUCAUCUUCCUGGCCUGCAGCAACUUCUGGUUCAAGUUUCCGCGUACCAGCUCCAAGCUGGAGCACUUCGUGUCCAUCUUGCUCAAGUGCUUCGACUCGCCCUGGACCACAAGGGCCCUAUCCGAGACGGUGGUGGAGGAGAGUGACCCCAAGCCGGCCUUCAGCAAGAUGAACGGCUCCAUGGACAAGAAGUCCUCCACAGUCAGCGAGGACGUGGAAGCCACCGUGCCCAUGCUGCAGCGCACCAAGUCGCGGAUUGAGCAGGGCAUCGUGGACCGCUCCGAGACCGGCGUGCUGGACAAGAAGGAGGGGGAACAGGCCAAGGCACUGUUUGAGAAGGUGAAGAAGUUCCGGACGCAUGUGGAGGAGGGCGACAUCGUGUACCGCCUCUACAUGCGGCAGACCAUCAUCAAGGUGAUCAAGUUCGUCCUCAUCAUCUGCUACACAGUCUACUACGUGCACAACAUCAAGUUCGAUGUGGACUGCACCGUGGACAUCGAGAGCCUGACAGGCUACCGCACCUACCGCUGUGCCCACCCCCUGGCCACGCUCUUCAAGAUCUUGGCGUCCUUCUACAUCAGCCUGGUCAUCUUCUACGGCCUCAUCUGCAUGUACACGCUGUGGUGGAUGCUGCGGCGCUCGCUCAAGAAGUACUCGUUUGAGUCGAUCCGCGAGGAGAGCAGCUACAGUGACAUCCCCGACGUCAAGAACGACUUCGCCUUCAUGCUGCACCUCAUUGACCAGUACGACCCGCUCUACUCCAAGCGUUUUGCCGUCUUCCUGUCGGAGGUGAGUGAGAACAAGCUGCGGCAGCUGAACCUCAACAAUGAGUGGACGUUGGACAAGCUGCGGCAGCGGCUCACCAAGAACGCUCAGGACAAGCUGGAGCUGCACCUGUUCAUGCUCAGCGGCAUCCCCGACACGGUGUUCGACCUGGUUGAGCUGGAGGUCCUCAAGCUGGAGCUGAUCCCCGAUGUGACCAUCCCACCCAGCAUCGCGCAGCUCACGGGCCUCAAGGAGCUGUGGCUGUACCACACAGCAGCCAAGAUUGAGGCUCCGGCGCUGGCCUUCCUGCGCGAGAACCUGCGGGCGCUGCACAUCAAGUUCACAGACAUCAAGGAGAUCCCGCUGUGGAUCUACAGCCUGAAGACGCUGGAGGAGCUGCACCUGACCGGCAACCUGAGUGCUGAGAACAACCGCUACAUCGUGAUUGACGGGCUGCGGGAGCUCAAGCGCCUCAAAGUGCUGCGCCUCAAGAGCAACCUGAGCAAGCUGCCACAGGUGGUGACGGAUGUGGGCGUGCACCUGCAGAAGCUGUCCAUCAACAAUGAGGGCACCAAGCUCAUUGUGCUCAACAGCCUCAAGAAGAUGGUGAACCUGACCGAGCUAGAGCUGAUCCGCUGUGACCUGGAGCGCAUCCCCCACUCCAUCUUCAGUCUGCACAACCUACAGGAGAUCGACCUUAAGGACAACAAUCUCAAGACCAUCGAGGAGAUCAUCAGCUUCCAACACCUGCACCGCCUCACCUGCCUUAAGCUGUGGUACAACCACAUCGCCUACAUCCCCAUCCAGAUUGGCAACCUCACCAACCUUGAGCGCCUCUACCUGAACCGCAACAAGAUCGAGAAGAUCCCCACGCAGCUCUUCUACUGCCGCAAGCUGCGCUACCUGGACCUCAGCCACAACAACCUGACCUUCCUCCCCGCCGACAUCGGCCUCCUGCAGAACCUCCAGAAUCUGGCUGUCACGGCCAAUCGGAUCGAGGCACUGCCCCCAGAGCUCUUCCAGUGCCGGAAGCUGCGGGCCUUGCACCUGGGCAACAAUGUGCUGCAGUCGCUGCCCUCAAGGGUGGGCGAGCUGACCAACCUGACGCAGAUCGAGCUGCGGGGCAACCGGCUGGAGUGCCUGCCCGUGGAGCUGGGCGAAUGCCCGCUGCUCAAGCGCAGCGGACUGGUGGUGGAGGAGGACCUGUUCAACACGCUGCCGCCCGAAGUGAAGGAGCGGCUCUGGAGGGCCGACAAGGAGCAGGCUUGAGCGGCUGGAGCCAGCAGCAGCAGCAGCAGCAGGAGCCUGGGUCCUGGGCCAGGAGGGCCAGGCUCUGCCUCCCAGGACUCCUGGACAGCCAGCCUGGCUGCCGCAGUGGGGCUGGGGCCUGGCUUGAGCCGAGCCAGUGGGUGAGAGGAGGGAAUCCGAGGGGCUGGCCCCUCACUCCCCUAGGGCAGGCACCUGUGGGGAGACCAGAACCCCGGCUGGGCUCAGAACGCAGUGUUGGACAAUCAGGGUCUCCUCCCAGGAGGCCACCUCUGUCUCAGAGUCCAUGUCGAUGCCAGAGGCCCAGGGAACCGAGUUGGCUCUUGGUAUUCACCUUCCUCACCUCCCGGGGAACCCGCAUCCCAGGAAGAGCAGCACCAUGGGAGGUGUCCAGGGAGAGGUGGGCAGUUCUCCCCUUGUCCCUUUCGGGCAAUGCCACCGGCACAGAGUGCCCAGCCAAGUUAGUCAGGGGGUCCAGUCCGACUAGGCCAGAUGGCCGGUUGUCCCGUAGUCGGGGCUGGCUAGGACGCAGGCCUGUGGGAAGGCAGGCCACCUUGUCUGCCUCACCUCAUUGCUUUUUGUGGCAGUUUUCAAUGUGGUUUUUUUUUCCCAAGUCAAAGAUUUUUUGUUUUGUUUUUUAAACUUUGAAAAUUGAUGAUUUGGGUAUUAAAAAGAAAAAAAAUCAGAAAAAAAAUGACCCUAAAGGCCAGUGAGUUGGAGUCUCAGGGUGGGGUGGCAGCGUCCCUUGGGCAAAACAGCGAGACCCUGAAUUGUAUCUCCUCUCCCGGAGGUGGGGGCACAGGACUCUGAAGCUGCUGUGACCUCGGUCUGGGAGUUCUGUUUAUCCGCUCUUCUCUGGGCAAGGAUUUUAGUUUUGUUUUUUUGUUGUUGUUUUUUUGUGGAUUUUUUUUUUUUUUUUUUUGGUGUCUUGUUUUCUUUGUCCUCCAUGGAUCUUGGCAGGGACUGCUUUCUGUGGCUGCCAGCCAAAGGAAAUGUUCCAGAGUUGCCAAGAAGGGAAGAGACCCGGGUUGUCCAGCCCCAGAUGAACGGUGCUCUGUCCUCCCCUGCUGCCCACACCCCUGCCCCUCCACGCACAGUGUUACCCGGCUGAGGGGGCCACUCCACCCGGACUCUCGUGUCCCUGCGGGUGCCACCACCCACCUCCGCUGCUCACGUGGUCCCUGUCACCGCUGGUCAUUCCCGGAGCGCAGAUGUUCCUAGGCCGGCCGGGCAUGGGGAGAUCAUUGCUGGGGGGGCAGGCAGGCCCCAUACCCGAUUGGGUUAGCACCGGUGGUGGGAAACCACCUGCUUUAGGUCAUCACUCAAGUCCCCACUUUAGGAGAGUCCCUGCCUUAGAGCAAUCACGUGGACAUUAAGGCCCGUUUUAGCCUCUCAUCUGAACAGUUCUGUCCAUUUGUCUAUCCAUUUGUGUUUCCCGCGUUGUUGUCAGAUGUAACCUUCAGAAAUAAUGCACACUAGCCUCUGCCGGCCAUGAAGCAAUCCGUUAACAGACUUGGAUCGAAUAUCAAAUAAACCUGUAACAAAGGAA